AUGCUCCCAGGCUCGAUGCGAAUGAUUAUGGGCCACACGAUUCAGCAGCCGGGGGGGAUCAACGCCACUUGUAAAGGGAAGGCUAUUAGAGUGGAUGUUGGGAUGUCAGAGGGGUGCGGAGGGGCAGAAGCGGAGAUUUUGGAGAUUAGGAAGGAUAGAGAGGUGUGGGUGGUGCGGGCAGCAGAGGAAGCUGCUGGGAAGCCUGCGAAAGCGCAUGUUCUGGCUGGGACUGAAGUGCCUGCGGAUAAGCAUGGGGCAGCAGAGGAAGCAGCCGGCGCAGCAGCUGAAGCAGCCCACGCAGUAGAGGAGGUCGUGGAGGGUCCCUGCUAA